CGGAGAGGCCGGAUUCGCUCUAGUUUCCGCGUCGGCCGCUGAGCGCGCCACCGCCGCCGCGAUCAACUGGUGUGAGCCCCCCUCGGGGGAGCCCGGGUCUCGGACUUCCGGUUGUGUUUCGGACGAGUGCACUUCCGGUCGCGUGCCUCCGUCAGUUCGGAAUUGAAUUUUCGAGGUGUGAGUGAUUUGUUCGGUUCGGAUCGAUAUCUCUCGGUUGUCGGUCGAGAGGACGGUAAGAAUCGUCUAUAAGUUAUACGGAAAAAAGGAGAUUCGACUCACUGUGUUUGUGUCGCGGUUUUGCUCUCAGCAACAGUAGACUGCAAGCUUUGGAUUGCGCUAUCUGCGAGAUAUCUUUUCCUGGUGCUGUCGCAACAUCCUAAUCUGCCAUCGUAUAAGAGAUUAUAUCGUCAAUGGAAAUUUGGGAUCACGGCUGACGAAGCGUGCUUCUGAAGAGUAUGAUGAAGAUAAAUAUGGCAGAGUAAGUCUAAUUCUAGGCACGGGCAAGAAUGACAGGAAUGCUGUUUCUGAAAUGGCCGAAAAGCGGAGAGAAGAUUAAGGCUUCAUGAGCAACAACGACACUUUCAACUUAUCGUUGCGACUCGCUCGGACCUCGUCGUUUUCGCAUUAGAACCUCCGUUUAACGAUGACGCAAGAAGCGGGCGCGGGGGCGACGGCGGCGGGCUGCUCUGGCGGGGCGGGCGUGAGCAACCUGAUGCGUCGGUCGUCGUACUCGCCGAUGUCGUCGCUGUCGUCGCAGCAGUCGGGCGAGCCGCUCAUCGUCGUCGAGGAGUCGAGCGCCGAGGACGCCUACGCCUUCGACGAGCGGCAGGAGGGCUCCGGCGACUCCCGCCCCUCCUCCCCGCCCUACCCCGCCCAGCACGACCCCUUCCUCCUCUCCCCCUACCGGGACAUCCGCAAGCGCUCCCUCCCCACCCCCCAGUGCACCAGCGGCAUCACCGCCAGCCAGGUGCGGCGGCUGUCGGACCAGGGCGGAACGAGCGGGCCCUCCCCGCGGGAGGCGGCCUUUCUGGCGACGCUGACGCAGGCGCCGGCGCCCGGGGCCGGCGGGCGUCGCCACUCGGUGGUCACCAUCUCCCGGGCGCCGCCGACGCUCUUCGGGCGCAACCGCCGGGAGUCCUUCGCCGCCUUCCCGACGACCGGCUUCCCGCUGGCCCGCCUCGCCCGGAGGGACUCCUCCUCCUCCAUCGCCCGCUCUCCCAGCGGCUCCGGCAGCUCCUUCAACCUCCAGCUCGACAUCAUGGACGAUAUCGCCGAGAUCAAGGCGCGCAAGGUGCGGAUGAAGAUGUGGAAGGACUCGGACUCGAGCCAGAAGAUGUGCGAGGUGCAGCCGCUGAACGGCGGGCAGUCGGCGCGCUACUCCCAGUCGGGCGUGCUCAAGGACCGCCGCUAUUCGGACGUCUCGGGCCUGGCCCAGGGACAGGGCCCCUCCAAGGCGGCCCCGCGCCGGGCCUCCGAGCUCCCGCCCAUCCCCUCAAGGACCUCCACGCCGCCCCCGCCUCCGCCGCCCCUCAACAAGAACUCCGGCAUCGUCAUCUCCAACAACGACCUCAUGUCCAUCAUGACCUCGCUCACCUCCUCCGCCCAGGAGAUCUCCCUCGCCUCCAAGGCCACCGACCUCGUUUCAAACAUGGUGUCCUCGGCGAACAAGUCGUUGCUCAGCUCCAAACGGAGCCUGCUCAAGUCCUCGCGGUCGAACAGCUUCGACGUCUCGAUGCUGCCCGGGAAGGACGGGAAGAAGGCCGAGCCCAAGUCGGUGCCGGCCAGCUGGAUCGCGAAACGACACCAGCCGCUGGCCACCAAGCGCCACGACACCCAGGCCGCCCCCGCCGCCGCCCCCAUCCCCGCCGACGUCGUCGUCACCUUCACCGACAAAGAGAAGGCCACCAAGAACAUCCUCAUAAGCAAUCCCCCGGAGAAGGAGCCUGAAGAAAGGAAGCCUGAGAAACCUACCCAGAAAGUCGUGUGGGACAAGCCGACGGGCUCGACGGUGGACCCGGCUCUGUUGGGCUCGGUGAUCGAGGACUUCCUGGUGAAGAAGACGUCCGACUUGUCUCCAGAGGCGGGGGCGGGGGCGGGCUCCAAGGCCGGUUCCCCGGGCCCGGGGCCCGGUCCGGGCGCGGUGGCCAUCGACAUCUGCGACAAUCAGCCGCAGUCGGGCUCCGGCGCCGCCGCCGCCGCACCGGCCAAGGGCAGAGCCGCCGAGCUGGACAAGGCCGAGGAGGAGGAGUCCGAGGAGAGGUGCAACUCCUCCCUGUGUUCCACCAUAAAGGACCUCUUCGUCAAAUAGCUAUUCUAUUAAACCACCGCAUUCGUCUCUCACCUUGAGGGAGUAGGGUAAUCUCUCGUCAAAAUCCUGCCGUCAUGCCGAGGAGAGCAGUAAGUGCAAAAAUGAAAUUUUGAGAAGACGGGCUCACAAGCCUCUGACCGGAAAAUGUUAUCGGGAGUAACCUCCGUUCCUUGUCAAAUUGCCACUAAUCGUCCUUAAGAUUCCUAAAAAUCGUUUGGAUGUUUAAAAAUCGACUGAUUUGAUUUCCAUCAUAUGGAUUGCAUUUUGCAAAAAGGAACCACUAGCAGUGCAA